AUGGGUUCAAUUCUUCGAUUUUUAAAGCUGUGUGUUCUGGAGCCUGUGAAGUCUGGUGAAUUAUAUGAAAAAAAGGCACAAAUUAAGUUAGACAAUGAGAAGAAAUCGUUUGAAAUCCCCAAAAUUGAGAAGAAGGAUAAGGGUUCGUCAGAAGAGAAGAAGAGAAAAAGACGGCCUAGUAAGGAAUGGAGAUGCAUAGAUUCCUGUUGUUGGGCAAUUGGUUACAUUUGCACUAUUUGGUGGCUGCUCUUGUUCAUGUUCCAAUGUUUGCCUGGACUUAAGGUGCCUGAACCCCCCGGGACAAGGCUUAAGCGCGAAGGAUUGAUAGCCCUCCACCCGGUUGUGAUGGUGCCCGGCAUUGUCACUGGUGGACUUGAGCUCUGGGAGGGAAGACCGUGUUCCGAGGGCCUUUUUCGCAGGCGGCUUUGGGGAGGUAGCUUUACUGAAAUUUUCAGGAGGCCUAUGUGUUGGUUGGAGCAUCUAUCUUUGGACAAUGAGACGGGGCUCGAUCCACCAGGCAUUCGUGUUCGAGCGGUUCCGGGACUAGUUGCGGCUGAUUAUUUUGCUCCGGGAUAUUUUGUUUGGGCUAUUCUUAUUGAAAAUUUAGCCCGCAUUGGUUACGAGGGCAAGAAUAUGUACAUGGCUGCAUAUGAUUGGAGGCUAUCCUUUCAGAAUACAGAGGUCCGGGACCAAACUCUUAGCAGAUUAAAGAGUAAAAUCGAGCUUCUGUAUGUAACAAAUGGCAAUAAGAAGGUGGUGGUGGUGCCUCAUUCCAUGGGGGUUAUCUAUUUCCUCCAUUUCCUUAAAUGGGUUGAAGUGCCUCCACCAAUUGGAGGAGGUGGUGGCCCGGGCUGGUGUGCCAAGCACAUAAAAUCAAUAAUGAAUAUCGGUCCGGCAUUUCUCGGAGUUCCAAAAGCUGUCGGUAACAUAUUGUCGGCUGAGAGCAAAGAUGUUGCUUUUAUAAGAGCGAUGGCUCCUGGUCUUCUGGAUUCCAAAAUUCUCGGCCUUCAGACUCUACAUCAUGUCAUGCGCGUAUCUCGAACGUGGGAUUCUGUCAUUUCUUUGAUACCUAAAGGAGGAGAGGCGAUAUGGGGUAACUUGGAUUGGUCCCCGGAAGAAGACCAUGUAUGUAAUUCAGCAAAGAAAAAGUACAAACAAGAUUUUGACAACAAUGGCAAUAACAGUGACAGUCGGGGGCUUUUCCAAGUACAAGAGCCAACUAAAUACGGAAGGAUUAUCUCAUUCGGGAAAAUAGUAUCGGAUUUACCUUCUUCUCAACUCCAGACUCUUGCGUCCAAGGAAUUUAUGAGCAAUAAUAGCUCUUCAAAUUCCAGUGCUGCGUGUAAAGGCGUAUGGACGGAAUAUGAUGAGAUGAGCCGGGAAAACAUCCGAAUAAUCGCUGAAAACAAAGCAUAUACCAUGAAAAGCCUGUUAGAUCUUCUACGUGUUAUUGCUCCAAAGAUGAUGAAGAGGGCAGAAGCGCACUUCUCACAUGGGAUAGCCGAGAACCUUGACGAUCCAAAGUAUAACCAUUACAAAUACUGGUCAAAUCCUCUUGAAACCAAGUUACCAGAUGCUCCGGACAUGGAGAUUUACUGUUCAUAUGGAGUUGGUAUUCCCACUGAAAGAUCGUACGUGUACAAACAAUCACCCUCAGGCAGGUUCAAUAGCAUCCCUUUCCAAAUUGAUAGCGCUGCAGCCGGAAGUGAGAAUGGCUGCUUAAAGGGCGGAGUAUUCUUUGUGGACGGGGAUGAGAGCGUCCCUGUCUUGAGCGCCGGUUUCAUGUGUGCCAAAGGGUGGAGAGGCAAAACACGGUUUAAUCCUUCCGGAAUGUCUACAUACAUAAGAGAGUACAAGCACAAAGCACCAGCAAAUUUGCUCGAGGGGAGGGGUUCAGAGAGCGGUGCACAUGUCGAUAUAUUGGGAAAUGUUGCCUUGAUCGAGGACGUUCUGCGAGUAGCUGCUGGAGCCUCGGGUUCAGAGUUGGGGGGAGAUAGAAUAUAUUCUGAUAUCAUGAAAAUGUCCAAGAAAAUAAAUAUUCAACUUUGACUGAAGAUCAAGAGCUUUUGUUCCAGAGUUUAAGUGCCUUAACACAAGGUUUUGCGGAAAAAUUAGAGCCAAGACGAGUUGAGAGCUUAAAACGAAGAAAGAGGCCAAGAAAUCUUGAUAAGUACCAGUGCAGCGCGGGAAGUAGCAAAGGAGAGGCAUGUUAUUGGAAAAAAAAUAAAAAAAAAUAAAUGAAAGCAAAGUCUCUAUUUAUGGCUAAUGCCUAAUGGGGAUGUUUGAAUGCAUUGAAUGGAAGUUUGUAAUUGAAAAUUUUGUUGUCCUCAAAUCUUGUAAUCAAAUAAGUAGAUUUUAUCCCAGCUUUGUUCUGCAUAAUUCUAGUUGA